GAAGUGACUUGGUUGGCUUUAAACCAGGAAACGAUAUUUUUAUUGUGUUGAUUAGCCUACGAUUCAUGCUGUGUAAAUAUUGUUUAUCAGUAACGCUGUGUCAUGGCUUGUACGGCAAAUGAUGUAACAGGAUUUGGUCGUGUUUGUGGUAGAAACUACUUCACUAUUUGUUAUUGAGAAAAACAUGCACUUAAGUGACGUCGACUCAGCACAAAGGCCGAAAUGGAAAAUGUCUGACAAGAUGGAGGAUAAAUCUGCUGACAGUUUACCAAAUCAUCAACUUGAAGAAAAUACUGAGGAAUUUACUGAAAGCUUGGAAAAUAAAUCAGACAUCAGUGAUCAUGAGGAGUUGAUUGGAGAAAAAUUAGCCGAGUCCUCUUUCACUUCUCUCACAGACUUAAAAGAAUCUUCAUUGACUAAGAUACUGCCAUUAGAGAAGGCUGAAGAAUUAUCCAAAUAUGGGGAUAAAGAAAAUGCAGAUGUCGAUUCCAAAGAGGAGCCUACCCUUCUGUCGUUAACAAGGCAAUAUCAGCAACAUAAACUAAGAGAGUUUACAGAAAUUCAGAAUCCAUUAAACAGACAUCGCAGAAACUACAAAGUUAGCAAGAGGAAACAAACAGAGUCUAAUCAGAAAGGUGACAACAGUACAGCAGUCGGUAGUGGGGAUAUGGCAACGACAGAGACACAGGUUUAUAGAAAAAACAGCAGAAGUACAACUUCAACGGCAGUACAGGGUACAUCUAAUACUGAGCAGAUAUCAAACAAAAAUCCAUCUAGUAGUAGAAUAGGAGAUAUGGGAAGUGGAAUUAUGAAAGAUAUUAACGCUGAGAGAAAUCGAAGACAUGUUGACAUGGGAGGACCCUCUGUUUUUACCAUUUCAAAUGGAACUGGAUAUGAAGGGAAGUCGCCAGUAGAUUCUGCCAUUGAUUUAGACUCGAGUGCUGAAAAUACUUCAUUUAAUGGGGGCGACUUGGAAGAUCUGACUGAAACACAUGUGAUCAUGCCCUUUGGUGAUGUACAUUUAGCCCUAGAGCUUGAGGAUCCUACAGACUUGUAUGAUGAUGACCUAUGGCCUGAUGAACAUUGGAUUUAUGUCCGAGAUAUCGAUCUUCAUCUGCAAAACCAGAGGUCAAACAGAGAAGAAAGAUCUCGAUCUUCACCAUACAGAAGGGCAAGUUUAACACCAAGAACUGAUUGUGAAGUUUGUUAUGAGAAAACUAGUGUAAGAAAACGCUUGUGUUGUGAUUUUCCUGUCUGUGACCCUUGUAUGGAGAAAUAUGUUGAGGAAAAAGUGACAAAUGGAGUUGUUACUAUUCAGUGUAUAGGUUACUGUAAGUCAUUCGUCCAUCGGGAUGAAAUUCUGUCUAGAUUAUCGGCAGAGAUGAAGGAAAAAUAUUACAGAUUUUUAGUAAAUGCCAAUCAAGAUCCUAUGGUCAAAACCUGCCCUCAGUGUUCAACAGUUUACAACAUGACAAAAGAAGAAGUGAAAACUGCCAAGAAGAAGGCCAAAGGUCUUCGUACAAAUGUGACCUGUUCAAAAUGUGAGCUUGUGUGGUGCUUCCCUUGCCAAGCUCCAGCGCAUCAGGGCAUUACAUGUAAAGAGUUUGCAAAGGGAGACAAACUCUUGAAAUCUUGGGCAAAAGUAAAAACAGGAAUUGAAUGGAAUGCUCAACAGUGUCCCCGUUGUAAGGUGUUUAUCCAGCGUAAGGGAGGCUGUGAUCACAUGACCUGUAAACAGUGCGGUACAAGUUUCUGUUACAGGUGUGGUGAGCGAUACAUCACUAAUCACAUCAUUGCCACACUGAUAGGAGACCACCAUGGCAAAUUCAGCCCCUUUGGAUGCAAACAUACACUGCUGCCUAAUGAUCCGUGUGCAAGGAAGCUUAUCCGAGGCUCAAUACUUGGUGCUAAAGUGUUAGGUGGAAUCCUGUUAGGAGGUCUAAUAGUAGCUGCCGGUGUUAUUCUGGUAGGAACAAGUUUUAUAGUGGUUCCCGCCUACACUGGCUACCGUUAUCACAAACAGAGGAAAAACCGCAAACGGUUCAGGACGAUCAGGAAUAUCAAUUUAGCGCGGCACUUCCUGCCACCACCAGAGAUUCCACAGCUGAUGGUUAACAACACCCGGCCAGGAGAUACCCUGAGUGAAAAUAGUUCUAUUUUUGGUUCCGUUUUUGAUGAAAUGGAUAACAAUUCUACAAAUGAUGAAUCGCCAGAAAGUGGAGCAGAGCAUGACCCAUCACAGGAGGUGGAAGUAUGGGUACACUGUCAUAAUCAGAACAGUCAAACAGAUCCGCGACAGGAAGUGGAAAAUACAGGUCACCUAGAGGACGUUCUCACCCAGACAACUGCCAAGCUUUCAAAAGAUCAGGAUCAAGGUGAAGUCCUCCAUGUUAAAACAUCAUAUGCAAGUGUUGACCAUGACAAGUCUACAAACAGGAAAGACAGUUCUGAAAUACAGGAAAGCAAUGAAAAUCACAAAGCAGAAGAGUCGUUUUUGAAUGUUAAAGUGAAAAACGAUUCAAAGAACAGACCCAAUGACCUGAAUGGAGAAUUGUCGGAUAGUGAUUCUUCAGAAAAGCAAUCAAAUAAAAAUCAAAGUGAUAAAGAUGAAGAACUAGGCGAGGAGAACUCUACCACUCAAGGAUGUUUUGUGAGAAUAUUCGGUAAGAAACUGCCAGUGGUUUGGGAGAAAGGUCAUGAUGAUGAAAUGAUAAAAACACUGGACAGCAAACAGAAAGAGCAUUCAGGAUCUUCUGGGAGAUUACAAGGACACUCGUCCAAAACACUGGAUGGAAACUUGGAGAAAAAGAAAAUUCUGCCUUCUUCAAUUACAUUAGAUGCUGGUUCACUAGACCGGAACUUGAAGAAACAUGUUUCAGGUGUUGGUGGUGUGAAGGUCAUCAGACAACCAGAUAUUGUGACUUGUGUUCUGCAGUCAAAACAAGCAAAUCACCUGGCAGGAACGAUACCAUGUGAUAACACUGACUUGCCUGUCACUGAAGAUGAAGGGGAUGUAACUCUGAAAGUUGAUCCUUACUUUGGUGUUGUCUCCCCUGAUAAUUAUGAAACCACAUUAUGAGUUCAGGUUUUAAGGCAUGAGAUAUGACUUAAAGUAAAUUUUGUUAUACAUUCAUUUAAUAGAACUUUUUAAUAAUAAUUAAACUGUUCAGCAGGUUCUUGAUAUUAGCUUCUUUAUUCAUUCAUUGGUUGUCAUACAGUACACCCAAUUACCGGGGAUAUUAAUUAUUGUUGUUGAAUGAACAAUAUGAUGCUCCGUUUACACAGUAUUUAAAAGUGGAAGAAAUUAUUACCAGUUUCAUAGAUACAUUGAUUGCUCUUGUAAAAAAUUGAUGUUGGUCUUAAGUCAGAAAGCUGAGCAGAAAUCUUCAUAGAAUAGUUACUGAUAGCAUAUAUAAUAUUGGUUACCGUUUGUUGUUCAUUUUUGUUGAAUCUGUUGAUAACUAUUAAUAUUUAAUAGUUGUAUUGAUUUGAGAUAUAAUUGUGUUAAUUUUAUACAGUGUAGUAAAAUGUGUCGGAGGUAAAUUGUCAUUCCUCUCAUCAUUGAUUCUUUGUAGAAGGGGAGACAACUGAGGAUACAAUUUUAAUAACAAAUGGAUUAAUUGUAGUUCUUUAGAAUUAAAAAAAAUUAUUAGGUAAAUACACGUAAAACAAACUUAAAUAGCCCAGAUUUGUUCUAAAUGCAUACAAUCUUUUAUAUUCUAUAAAGUUUAAAUGUUUUUAAUUUUUGAUUACAUUUAAAUUAUA